CAUUGUAUUUCAAUUGGCUUUGAAGACAAACAACUCAGUCAAACAGAGCACCUGCAGUUUACAGGUUUUGGCACCUUGUAUAUAGGUGCGGAACGACACAGGGGGAACUGACAAAAGACAGAGAUUCUGACUUGACUGUCUGCGAUAUUUUUGGGUCCUGCUAGACUUGAUUCUUUGUCAAAACCGAGGAAAAUUUGUACGAUUUGUACACCGUAACUUCUCAUUUCAUCGAAAUCUUUUCCGAUGCACAGGCUGAAGAGCGAAGCAACACUGCUGCUUUGACCAGAUGCAACAUAAGCAAAGAAUCAGUUGAGCGAAGUCAGCGAACAGCUUGGAACACACGAAGAAAAUUAGCGACAGUUGAAGGAAGUAGACGUUUGACUCGCCGUCUUCCAGGUCGAAUGGGAGUUCCACGUGUGAUGAUAGGGUUGAUGGACAAUGACACGAAUCUAGACAACCACAAUGGUGCAAAUCAAUCCAAAGACGUUCCCGUCGAAGCGGUUACAAUAGUCCUGGUUUUCAUCAUCAUCGUCUGUGUGGCCGGGAACUUGUUGGUAUGCAGUGCAUUCGUCAUCCAGCCACGGCUGCGCAGAGCCCUCUACUUCCCAGUCCUAAGUCUCGCGGUUGCUGACGUCAUGUGCGGCGCGGUUGCCAUGCCAUCGUAUUUGGCGAAAAAGCACGUUUUUGGUGGUAAAAAAGAGCAAAUCGUUUGCGACAUCUCAAGGUUCUCGUAUUUUUUAACAGAGUACGCUUCCGUAUUCAGCUUGAUGAUAAUAAGUGUCGAUAGAGCCCUAGCUAUCAUCAAACCGCUAACAUACAAAACUACAGUCACUUCUAAGCGAAUGAAGGUGGUCUUAGGCUGUGCUUGGUGUUGGGCGAUCAUCGUGUCUGCUCUGCCGUUUUUCUGGAAAAAGGAUGACGAUGAGAGCUGUUAUUUUAAACCAACAAAUGAAUGGAGCAUUGCAGUUAUCCUUGUCAAUGUCCUACUUCCAUUCGUGGUCAUUUUGACUUGUCAAACUUCUAUAUACAUCAUCGCAAUCAAGCACGCGAUUAUUAUAAAAAAACAAAGAAUGGCUGGGACGUUUAAUCAAAAUCGCAGAGGCAGCACGCCGCGGACUGAUGCCUGGGCUAUAGAACGGAAAGCGACUGUAAGCUUGUCCAUUGUUAUCGGACUGUUCAUCCUGUGUUGGGGACCGUCAUCUUUGUAUUACUUCCUGCAGAAAGUAAACCCGGAUUAUUUCGAGGGAACUUUUGGGGAAAAUGAAGGGACUUUUAACGCGGUGGUGAAGUUGAUGACGUUUGCGAAUUCUUGUUUUAAUCCGUUCGUGUAUUCGUGGAUGAGCAGGGACUUUCGGGAAGGCUUCAUAAGAGUCUUGACUCGAAAGAAAUAUAGAAAUGCGGUCGAAAAACAAGCCAGCUACACAGCGAGCCAUCAUGAACUGCUGACCAAGCAAGUAAGCAAACCAACAAUGGUGACAUAUGAACCCUACUAGGUUUUUCGUCAGAGAAAAGUGUCGUAGUUUUUGAAGUUAGAAGAAGUUAGAAGAAGAAUUUUGAAGUUAGAAGAAGAAUCUGGGCAUUUUCACGGAAAUACUGGUAUUUUCUAAACUUCACUAAUUAUCUUUGUAAAUAUGCAUAAUGGAUUAAUGGUUACUUGAAGUAAUGAACGGCGAAAUAAAUUGGUAAAAGAAAUAUUUAUACAACAUCCAUUUUUGUAAAAAAAGAAGAAUUGAAGGGAAAAUUU